AAUGUAAAUUCUCUCUCAAUACACUUGACUUUAAAAAGUAGACUGAGAAAAGGUGAUUUCAUUCCCAAAGGGGGCAAAAAUCAGUAUAUACGUGGGUGUUCAUACGAGCAUUAUAAAAUGAAAAAGCACAGUGGAGCAAUAAAGGAAGAUCCUUAGUAGUAAGAGCCUCUUCCUGGUUGGAAAGACCAAAGACAGCCAAGCUGACUUUGGGCACACUAGGGCCGGAAAGCGAGGGAGGACUCGUGGUCGGACUGCGCAGGUGGGUUCCUGCCCGGGGGCGGGGCCUCGGGAGCGCUGGGCCUCCGGAGCGCUGGGCCUCGAGAGGCGGCUGCUGGGGACCCAAGUUCCAAAGUCCGGAGGCCGAGGAGACAUGGCCACCACCCGCGACGCUGAGAUCCGGAAGGACGUGCAGACCUACUACGGGCAGGUGCUGAAGAAAUCAGCAGACCUCCAGACCAAUGCGUGUGUCACUGCGGCCAGGCCAGUCCCUAAGCAUAUCCGGGAAGCCCUGCAGAAUGUAAAUGAGGAAGUAUCCUUGAGAUAUUAUGGCUGUGGUCUGGUCAUCCCUGAGUGUCUGGAAAACUGCUGGAUUUUGGACCUGGGGAGUGGAAGUGGCCGAGACUGCUAUGCACUUAGUCAGCUGGUUGGUGAGAAGGGACAUGUCACCGGAAUAGACAUGACAGAAGGUCAGGUAGAAGUGGCUAACAAGUACAUUGAAUAUCACAUGGAAAAAUAUGGCUUCCAGGCACCCAAUGUGACUUUUAUUCAUGGCUACAUAGAGAAGUUAGGAGAGGCUGGAAUCAAGAAUGAGAGUUAUGAUAUUGUUAUAUCCAAUUGUGUCAUUAACCUUGUACCUGAUAAACAGCAAGUGCUGCAGGAGGUAUAUCGAGUGUUAAAGCACGGUGGGGAGCUGUAUUUCAGUGACGUCUAUGCUAGCCUUGAAUUGCCAGAAGAAGUCAGGACACACAAAGUUUUAAGGGGUGAGUGCCUGGGUGGUGCUUUGUACUGGAAGGACCUUGCUAUCCUUGCCCAAAAAAUUGGGUUCUGCCCUCCACGUUUGGUCACUGCCAAUUUUAUUACAGUUCAAAACAAGGAACUAGAAAACAUGAUCGGUGACUGCCGUUUUGUUUCUGCUACAUUUCGCCUUUUCAAACUCCCUAAGACAGGACCAACCAAAAGAUGCCAAGUUAUUUACAAUGGAGGAAUCACAGGACACGAAAAAGAACUAAUAUUUGAUGCAAAUUUCACAUUUAAGAAAGAUGAAACUGUUGAAGUGGACGAAGAAACAGCAGCUAUCCUGAAGAAUUCACGAUUUGCCCAAGAUUUUCUGAUCAGGCCAAUUGGAGAGAAGUUGCCGACAUGUGGAGGCUAUACUGCUCUUGAAGCAAAGGAUAUAAUCAAAGAUCCAUUCAAGCUUGCAGAAGGCUCUGACAGUGCGAAGUCCAGAAGUCCCCCUGAAGCUGCCAGUGGCUGCUGAGCCACAGAGAAGUGCUGCUAAAACAACAGCUGACCAGAAGGCAGUGGGCAGGAGGUGCAAGAAUGAGUUACACGUCUUAACCUGCUCUUCCCCACAGCCCAUACCACAAGAAAGAAUAAAAGGCAAAACUCCACCGUAUUUUAGAUAAAAAUUAAUGAAUUAUUUUUACAAAGUAUUAAUUAAAGGUUCACAGCAAAAUCA